CCCUGUUUUAUAACGCCUUCCCCAAUGAAAAUAGACCAUUCAGAAGGUUGUUGUCAAAGGCUACGUUUCUGCUGUACACAGAUGCUAGAGUACCUUUAGAGAUCUUGUCAUUUAGCAUUAGUCCCCAGGAUUGAUUCGGAAGAGAACUAUGGUAGCCAUAUGACAAGCAGUCAGAGGAUUAAGGAGAAGAUAUGUUGGGGAUAAGUUUAACGCUACGCACCUCCGCCUGUUUGGCUGGAGCGAUCAUCAUCGGGACUUACGUUAUAUUCGGCGGUCCAGGCGACAGCAGGAAGAAAAGGAGACGCAAAGAUAUUAUCCCUGGAUUGGCGAAUGUAGGCAACUCAUGUUUCCUAAAUGCUCUUGUCCAGUCAUUAGCAUCAUGCCCUCUUUUCAUCAACUGGCUGACGUCCAAGCUCAGGGAUCCAUCUCCUCCUUUGGUGACAGCACUUCAUGACCUCCUGAAAGGUAGGCAUCUGUUGUUUGGUGAAGCCUUCUUUUGUUAUUAGUUUAUCUUGUUGAAA